AUGAACACCCAGACCGGAGAACACCUCACCACAUCCCGAAUCUCUCGCCUGCUGAGGCCGCUGCGGGUCAGAUGCCAGAAACUCGCGUCGUACUCGCCGGAAGCUGCGUCUCAGCGGUCGCGCGGGUCCGUGGUCGUGACCUACGGUAGCUCGUCGCGUCACAGCGGCGCCGACGCGGGCGAACGGCGCAACGAGCCGCCGCUGGCGGUUAUCCCGCCUCCCGAGAAGCUCAGUGUCCUGUCCAAGCUGGACCGCUCGUCGCGGGAGAAACUCGAGCUCUCCCGGCGUAUAUAUGAUGUCCGAGACGCGUUCCGGAACAUCUUGCAGGCCACCCUCACGUCGGGCACUGGCUCGCGGAGGAGCACCCCGCAACCGAGCGGCGAGAAGCACGCCAGGAGCCUGGCUGCCAUGUGCGCUAGCAUUGUCGGGAGCAAUCUUGAAGAUCAGAUACGCAUGUCGGCGGAGGAGCGUGAGGGCGAGGAGGCCAACGACGAAGAAGACCAGGACAUAUUGGAUUCACUGUACGACGCUGUAUACCCUCAAUAUCGCAAGCAUACUGUCAUUUCCCACGCCCUCUCAUUCAUAUUGACACUCUGUUCAUCGUACCAUACGCUACUGGCAAUCCUCCUGGAGCUCACCAUCUCGUACAACCUCACUCCGGAGUCGCGCAUGAUACUUCAUCACCUCCUUGCACGUUCUUUACAGCUAUCUACGCUAACAAGCACCUCCGAUACCCUCAUUCUGGAGAUCGUCCACCCCGUCCAUUCGAGAUACCUCGUGCACCUUCUGGACGCGUGCUCGCCGCCCGCCGGAAGAGUCAUAACUGCGGAGACGUUCGUGCAGACUCUCAGCGAGGUUAUCUGUGGCUUCUCCGCUGACCACGGAGCCCAGGCUUGGACUUGUAAAGCGACCAUACAUCUUGCACGAAGCCUUCGAUCCAAAAAUUACUCUGCCUUCUUGUCUAUGUGUUCUUCGGCCGGGCAUUUCCUUGCCUUGCACGCCGAGUCUUCGAAGAAUGGUGGCGCUAUCCCUGCGAGUCUUGUCUCACUUGCUAGCCGCCUUGGCAAGUGGCUAAGCCACGCCUGCCAGCGGCUCCACGACAUUUCCACACCUCCCCUGGACGCGAAGGCCAUCGAGGAAAUAAGCAUCAUUUCCGAUAUUAUAGUAUGUGCCAAUGCAUCUCGACUUCAUCAUUUGUCGGAAUCACAGGAGUCCAGGGUCUUUUUUGACGCCAUCGCUUGCCUCUCUGCCAUGUCUCUGGCGCCUCCAAUAGCCGGGCUCCUACCCAAAGCCGUAUCAACGAGCUUGCACUCCAUCCUCGGCGCUGCGCCAGCAAAAUCGGAGACCCUUGGCAUCCUUAUCGAUGUCACAAUGUCCCAGGUCUCCAAACCGAGCGAAGACGGGGUCUUUAACGCGGCCACCCUCGUCCGUCCCACGAUCGCUGCCCUGGAACGCUGGGCGAGCACUCUCCGAGCCCACGCCUAUCACCUGCUCGAAACUUCACUCUGGUCGAGCGCGCUCGUGCACGUUGAGCACCUGACACCCGAGACAGGCUCCCACUACGACCCUGCGUCGCACCACUCUGCCUUCCUCGCUGCGCUCGAGCGCCUGCGGCAUGAAAUAGUGCGGCGGGUCGACGCGGCGGAGAGGCGCUGCUUCGCGCACUCCGGCGACGGCGUCCGGCCGUCGAGCGGUGGGCAGACGCCGCGCAAGGGUACCGUGCCCGCGGGCAGCCAGUGGCGCUGGGAAGACAUGCUCGGUUGCUGGGUGCAGAAGACCCCCGCGCCUGCGGCAGGGUCCAAACGGCGUCGCUCUGCCGCCGGGCCCGCGCAGAUCCCGGCGAAACACAUGCGGCGCACGGACAGGAUCUGCCCUGUCCAGACGGCACCACGGGCUGCAGGUCCUGACAGGCACCGUCCGACGGCGCGCACACCCUCUGAUACAUCCUCCACAAGCACUGCUACCGCUGGACGUCAGGGCCCGUCGCACACCUCCCGACCGCGUUACCCAGACACCGCGACAUCGGCGUCCACGUCCACUGUGUCCUCGCGCCUCUCCACGCCGCAAGAUGAGGAGGAGAACGUGUUCUUGGCGCGUGCGUCGGACGAGAAAUCCUUGCCGGCUCGACGGCUGUCGAACUUCAUGUCCAUCCUGCGGGACGCGCAGAUGAACAGGGUCGUGUUGCACGCGGACAGCUCAGAUGACGAGGGCGCCUGGCUGCACAGUGUGCACGGUCCCAAGACGCGUCAUUUGCCCGCUAUCCGACCGGAGGGAGACGACGAGGACGACGAGGACGAUACAGAUAUCAGGGACGCUCGCGGAGCCCAGGAUCAGCUGUCUUCUGACGAUGUGCUGAACCUGUUUGCCUACCGCUCUUCCGAGUAG